CCCAUUCGUCCUGACAGAGCGGAUCAAAUCGAAAUGUAGCUCCCGUUUUCUACGUCUUCACUUUCUUUAUCGCAGCCCGACAGCUUAGCGUGGAGUUAAUCGAUAAAUUUAUUUAUGGAUAAAAGAAAGAUUGCUGUUUCGUUGCUUGUGUAAAGUGAGAUAAGUCUUACCAAUGGUAUUAACGAAGGCGUUGAUGCACCAUAUCGGCCAGCCCUCGUGCGAUUCCACGUGACUCGUAUAAAUGUCUACUGCUACGUACAAUGCCGAAACAGACUUACGUUGUCGAUCAGCAGAUUGCAGCUCCCACAAAUUCAACGUCAGCGACGAGUUUUUUAAAAAUUGCAUGGUUUUCUAAAGCAAACGAUCAACCAUGAAGAACCAAGUUGCAUUAAUCCUAGUUGUGUUGUGCUCGUUUCUUUGUAAGUGUUUCGCCAUUUUAAUCGUCUGUAGCUUGGGUGUGGGUUUGUGUUCGGAGAAACAGCGUUCAGCUUGGAUUCCAUUGCAAGAACGCGCAAACGAUUUCGUCUGUCCGCCCGGACAAGAGGGAUGGUUCUGGACCGAAGUCUGCACCCAGUACUACUAUUAUUGUACUGCGGAAGGCGUUCCAUAUCAAUUGGUAUGUCCCCCAGGCACCGUAUUCGAUCCCUACCAACCAAACGGACCAUCAUGCGUCGAUGAAAAUAAUUGCACAGAUCCAUCACCGACAACAACAGAUUCCACGGUGACCACUGAAAUACCCUUACUCUGUCCAGCAACAGACGGUUCAUACCCAAUUUCUGGAACUUGUAGUAGUGAAUACUUCACUUGUCUCGAAGGAUUGCCGUUUCUUCAAACAUGUCCUGAUGACGAAGUUUUCGACCCAGUCACUUUGGUGUGCACACCUUCUGCGGAAGCUUCAUGCAAUCAACCAUUUGAUUGUCCUGCAGAUGGCUCUUACCCUUAUCCUGAUGGUUGCGCACCCUUUUAUUACGUUUGUGUCUCUGGUCAGUCUUCCAUAAUGUUCUGUCCUGAAAACUCGGUGUACGAUCCAGUUACGAGCCAGUGCGAGACAAUUGAGAAUGCAUCUUGCACACUUGGUCCUUACACAACUACUCCGACAACGACAACAACUCCGACAACGACAACAACUCCGACAACGAUAACACCCACUACAACAAGGUUACCAAAUACUUGUGGGGAAUUUACAACAAUAUACACCUUUGUUUGUCCUGGAAAUGGGCUAUACCCUUACGAUGAUUGCUCUUCGCUGUAUUGGCAAUGUUCAAACAACUACCCGUAUCUUCAGUGUUGUCCAUCAAAUUUGGUUUUCAAUCCGGCUUUAAACACUUGCGAUUAUUACAGCAAUGUUGCAGGCUGUUAUUCUAUGAAAUAUGAUGUCGUAAAUCACGAUCAGCUACAAAUUCAGGGAAAAAUGGAAGUUGACAGUAAAGACAUUUUAAUUGGAAUUGACACUGACUUUGAGUGCCCUAGUUAUGGCACACAUCCGCAUCCUUUGUAUUGUGAUUGGUAUUACACGUGCUACUACGAAGAGCCUGCUUAUCUUUGGGAAUGUCGGGGCGAUCUUUUGUUUCAGUCGUCUGACGGAAAGUGCAAUUAUCCCGAGCUAACAGACUGCGGCGAUCGUAUUCGUCCCAAUUCCACUGCUGAGGCAGUUGUAGAAACGUUUAAAUGCCAGGCGGACGGCUUUUUCUCCGUGGGCGUUGAUAAGUGUAGUUCGACUUACGUCACUUGCAUUGAGGGCGUUGCUUAUUCUAAGGAAUGUCCGGCCAAUGGUGUUUUUGAUGGGACCUCGCAAAUUUGCACACAAGCUUAUCUGCUUCCCUGUUAAAUUUUGAACACAUCACUUAUACCGGUAGUACAUAACGAGAGCUAAUUAAUUCUUACAUUUAAGUUUUCAAUUUACCGUAGCUUAAUUAAAAUAUUACCACACACAAA